AUGGCAUCUUCAAUGACAACUACAGCGAAUGGAGUUACGGUGGUGAUGCAUAUCCCAACAGAGUUAAAAAAUGAGUUUCUGGACCCAAAAGAGAGCUUGGUUGUCCCAGAAAAGCCCAGUCUGCCACCUGCAACCAGGAUGUUCCUGAAGAGAAAGCCCCUGUCACUGGGGUUGGUGCAGGUAUUUACUGGUUUGGUAAUCAUGGCAUUGAGCACCAUCACACUUGUCAUCAACACACUGCCUGCUGAGAUUGUAUUCACUCUUGGACUUCCUUUUGUCAUCUCUGGGUCUGUCGCAAUUGUGGCACACUCGAGGUCCAAUCUUACUUUGAUCAAAACCACGCUGGCCAUGAGUGUGAUGUGUGCUGUGAUGGCUGCAGGAGGAAUUGGCUACUUCAGUUGGCAGCUCAGCAUUAGACCGGAAAAUGGCUCUUCUUGUGAUGAAGGGCGCUUCUGGAUAUGUUCAUACAACAGAAGUCAGGCCAUCUGGCAGGUUACCAAACAGAAUCUUGCCUCUUUAUUUCAGGAUGAAACAGAUGUUGACUUUUAUGGCAGUGAGUCUAGUCUCCUGAAAGAUGGGGUGGAUUGUGCAUCCAAACCCUGA